UUACCCUGCCGGACAUAUUGAAAAUUUAAAAAAGCUAUUUUCGACUCAUUUUAAUUACUCUAUGAUUUACUUUCAGGAUAGAAAAUGAAACUUUUUAACAGCUUUCAAAAAUUCCUAAUGUUCAUUAUUGCAGCUAGGAAUGCUAUGUGGUUUAUUGCUAUCCUGUUGAAUUUGUUACACUCCUCAGCUCCUGCUUAUAACUACGAAAGAUCAGACUCAGCUUGCUCUACCCUGAUAAACUCUUGCAACAGAGACACAAUAGGAAAGUGCGAUAGCUUAUACCACACCUACUUCAUGGAGUGCGAGCAGGAGCUGGAUGAUACCCAGAGCCAUUCUUGUGGCAGGAGAUGCAAACGAGCCUUUAAAGCUCUCUUAAAACACCCUACCUUCAGUUACGACAGGUUCCAAAACUGUGACUGUCAGGGGGAUCACAAUUGUGUCAAACAGAAAUGCAAACUCAUUACAUCGUGUCUCGGAGGAGAGUGUAGGGACCAGAUAGCAGCUACGACCCCCUCUCAAGUUGAACCCGCCUCAAUCAGCACCUUCAGCUCAACCCCCUCCGAGACCUCUAUCACAAUGACCUCCUCGACCGUGGCGCUUCGCAAGGUGAAUUGCGAGACGGUGAUAGCGCACUGUGACAAGAAAAACGACUGCUUUCCUUUGUUGAAGAGUAGAGACCGAGUAUGUUCAGGGUUCACGGUUCAGAACCAGCUGUGCAUUCCUGAGUGUGCACAAGCCAACCAACUUCUCAAGGACAACUUCGUUGGACAACACAUGACGACCUGUAAGUUUGAAACACCCUCGCACGAAACCACUAAAUUCAGUAAUCUCAUCAUGUCCUGCCUGCCAAGAGAUACUGUGGUGACUCAGAGUCCGACAUAUCGAACAGAGCACCCCAGCAGACCUCUUGGAGACUGCAAACGACAGUUCAUGGAGUGUACCGGGAAUGACGACUGUAUUAGAGGCUACAACAAGGUCAUGAAGGAAUGCAAGAAGAAAGCUGCUAAUAAGUUCGAGAUAUCGACAUGUAACUCGAAGUGCGUGACAGCAGUGGGGCAGUUCAGGAACCUAGCUCAGGGCAGUGCCCUCUGGGGCUGUUCCUGUACUGGACAACUAGCAUCCAGGAGGUGUGACGUCAUCAAGCAUACCUUCAGCGAUAUUUGCAGUAGUGAACCGUGUGUGGAUGUCGGGCUGCGGGAUGAAUGUGAACAAUGCGCCAAAACCAAGUCCUGCAACAGUGACUGUGGUCUUCUCUGUAAGAAAACCUGUCAAAGAUGUCCUGACUCCGUUCAGCCCGAUGAUCCAACUACGGACGGACCAUCCAACAAGCCUCUGACACUGAGUACACAGGAUGAGACAUUGGCCACCUCCCAACCUACCCCAACAGAAACCUUACAGAUGGAAACUAAAACUACAUCGGAGAAGAAAAUCUUACAGAAAUUUUACAAAGUAAAUGUAACAUGUGAAGAUUACAUGAGUGUCAGGAUAGAUUACAGUGCUGAAAUAGACUACUCACCUCAUUUCACUGCAGAAGACAAGUCAUGCGAAGUGGAAGGAUCUCAGGGGUCUCACACAGCUACCCUCCGACUAAAAUAUAAUCCACCUGACUGUGGAACUAAAGUUGUGAAACCUCAUGCCUCCUCCGGUGCCCAAUACAGGGUCAUGAGAAAUAGGAUAUACGUAAGAAGCUUAGCCGGAGGAGGAUACGAUCCUAUACAAGAAAUAGAAUGCCCGAUUCCUUUCGAUAAACCACCUGCAGAACCCAUCGAGAUGUCUUUUUACAGCGACAGCCAUUUCACAAGACAGUUCGGAUCUUUUGUUAACGAAGUGGACCAUGAUGUUUUAUAUCUUGGAAAUAAUAAGACUGUUUUCGUGGAGCUGAAAUCAAACGAUAGCAGCAGCUUUAUAUUGGAAUCCUGCUUCGCAACUCCCAACGGAAAAACUGAUUAUCCACAUCCUCACUAUUUCAUCAAGAAUGGGUGCAAAGAAGACGACAGCUUCACUGUGGCAGACUUCAUACCUGGCACUAGAGCCAGAUUCAGCUUCUAUCGUAUUAUGUUCUCUGAUAACAGAUUCUCCGGGCGGGUUUACGUACAUUGUAACGUGCGGUUCUGUGUGGAGUCAGAUCCCGACUGUCGUGUCAACAACUGUCGGAUAAACGAGAUGGACAUGUUCGAGAAACUGUCCGUGUCCCAGGGACCUUACACCUACGCUCUCGCUCUGUCAAGAGUAUCCAGGACGUCACAUAAUAUCCUGUUGUUGGCUAUCUCUUCACUACUCCUUCUAACCAUCAGAUGAUAGGCUCACCGGCUAAGGACUGUUCAGUGUUCCCACACUAAACAGUUUUAUCUUUACUCGACCAUUCACCAGCCGAUAUCCCUGAUUUACAAAGCCGAGAAAUUGGAAGAUUCAACAAAACAUGUUAGAAGACCCUAAUGGUACAGUGUAACACAACACUAAAUGACAUUAAGGAACUGUAUGACAUUGAUAACGCUGUUGAUGCAGUAAGAACACUAUUAUAAUGUGCAGUGCGUCAUGUAGACCCUUCUUAUUUGAUAAUUGACUUCAGAAUCUUGUUGAAUGGAUAAUUUUAUACGUUUCAAAUAACACUUGGUGAUUGCAGAAUCAUGAUCAGUUUUCCAGUGAUCCCAAAUGUGUGCCUUUUUGUCGUACUUGAACUUCCUGAACAGCAAGCCUCAACUUGUAGCAGGUUAAAACGUUUAACCAGAAAGUUUAAGAUUUCCCGUUUUGAAUUUUGUAUAUACUUCUUAAUUCUCAUUUCCCGUGGGAAUGUUCAUUGUAAUAAUUUUAACCCACAACAUUCGCACGGUCAAAUGAGCCAUGAACGAAAACUUUUGAUUGAGAGAAUUAACCAUCCAUGCUCGAUUAAAUUGCGAGCUUUUCAUCAAUGUCAGUUUUUUGUUAAAGCGCGAGCGAACUGAAAUCAUGGCUACAAAUCUGAAAUAAAAAGUUUGUUUUGUUAUAAAUGCAUGAAUAUUGUUGUUAUUCUUAAAUUUAAUAUUUAUAGAUUUUUAUUUUAUUUAUGAUUAAAUGGUGUUUCAAAUCGCUUCCACUUAUAU